GGUAGCUGCGAGGCUGAUCAAGACUCCGACUCGUUGCUUCACUGGAAAGUGUCCUUUGAGCACUAGCCACAAUUCUUGAAGGCCGACUUGGUAAUAGUUCCGUAUCUACGGAUAAUCUACUUCCCAGUCGAACGACGUGAUAGCUAGCGAUACGAUUUGCGAUGGUUCAAAAAUAGGUGCCUCCCAUCCGCACGGCGAACCAUGACCAGCACUGCCCGAGGCGGUGACAGCGACGUCGGGAUGGCUUCCCAUGCCGCCAUCGAGAAUGCCUCUGCCAUUGCGACCGGCGCUGAAUCGAGUGCCGAUAAACCUGAGGCCGCGGCGGUACAGAGAAGAGAAGCACCCCAGCCACUGGCCUCCCAUCUCCCCUCCCCCAUGCUGACGGCAAACGACCCGCCACUGCGACGGCCGGAACCGCGGUCGUCCCAUGACAAGACUGUGUCAAGUCCGACCAACGGAGUUCCUACGCCGGACCCGUCUAGCGAAAGCAACAGCGACAACGAGCGGCCGAGAGACUCUUCUUCCGAUCCCGAUCUCGACCCCGCCCGCUCCCCCACCCUCGACCGCAGCGCCAGCGCCAGUCCAUACCCCAGCCUUGAGCCCGAGCCAGCGCGGGCUACUACACAGGGCCGCCCGGGGACGAAGACUGGCGGCCUUGAUCCGACCGUGAGGCGAUUGUCGGCGUCCAAGAUACAAGAGUUGACGGCGGCUCCCGAAUCACUACCUGUAGCCUCCAUCCCUGGUCGCCAUGUAUCAGAUUAUCCGCUAAGCGCUGGCCUCGUCGAGACAAGCAAGACGGGAAGCCUGGGCCUUUCGGUCUUUGGGCCCGACCUGUUGAGCUUCAAUGGCACGCGUCCGAUGCAGGAGGGGAGACCUAUCAUAUCGACGAGGACGUUGUCCACGCCGCCUACGACUAGGCGCAAGUCUACCACCGCUCCGGGGUCGUCAGCCCGACGCAAUUCCUUCCAACCACUCCCUCGGCCCACCCCUCUCGACCUCGAAGGCCAGUCUAACUUCCCCUCGCCCCCCAUGGCAAAUGCUCCAGUACCUCCCCGAAAGGAUAAGGACGCCCCCGACUCGCGGCCACCCUCCCCCAUACCGCCGUCGAUCCCGCUCCCGCCCAUGUCCAUACCGACCUUGCUGCAGCUGGAGCUUGCGGGGCAACGGCCAAGUCCUCUGUACAUCCACCACUCCUACACUAGCGAUCUUCCUUACGAAUCAAGCGCCGUCAAACUUGAGCGCCUCAAGAACGUCUUGCUACUUCCGGGAUUUCUCGAGAGGACAAUGAUCUUCGGUGCGCUGGCCUGCUUGGACGCCUGGCUGUGGACGUUUACUGUUUUGCCGAUGAGGUUUUGCAUUGCUGUCUCCGUCCUGGUGCGGUGGUGGAUGUAUUUGAUCGGCAAGGAGGCUCUUUGGCUGGUGGGAUUUGUGUGGAACGGCGUGGGACGCGUGUGGCGCCGUGGCCGCCGUGGCCACCGUGGCCGCCCCAGAUCAUCGACUGCGAGCAGCCAGGGCUCGUCCCGGACCGAGGAAUCGCGAAGCCGGAGCAGGGUGCGGGAGACAGCCAAUGGCAAUACGGCCAAUAUCAGUGCCCCUAGCGACCGGCCAGCAACGCGUCGUGUUGAGAGUUCACACCUGAGCAACGUUGGUGCUGCCUCGUCCAAGAAGCCGGGCGCCAAGCCUACAGGGACGCUCCGCCACCGCCGGACCAAGUCGAGUCCCUCAAACCUGACAUCUUACCACAAGGCCGAUCUUCUCCAAGGCGCCAUCAUAAUUUUCAGCUCCGUCGCUCUCAUGUACCUUGAUGCGAGCCGCAUGUAUCACUUCAUUCGAGCGCAAUCGGCUCUGAAACUUUACGCCAUAUUCAACUUGCUCGAAGUCGGAGACAGGCUUCUCUCCGCCCUGGGCCAGGACAUUGUCGAGUGCCUGUUCAGUGCCGAGACGCUCUCCAGAAACAGCUCGGGCCGCUCAAAGGUCAUGCUGCCAUUUGGAAUGUUCCUGCUGACGCUCGUCUACAACGUCAUGCACGCCAUCGUCCUGUUCUACCAAGUAAUUGCACUCAACGUUGCCGUCAAUUCCUACUCGAACGCUCUCUUGACCCUUCUGCUUAGUAGUCAGUUUGUCGAGAUCAAGAGCACCGUGUUUAAGAGGUUUGAGAAGGAGAACACCUUUCAGCUGGCCUGCGCCGAUAUCGUGGAGCGCUUCCAGCUCUGGAUCAUGCUGCUCAUCAUUGGCAUGCGCAACGUGGUUGAAGUUGGUGGCUUGUCCGUUCCCGGGGCCGGGAGUGAGGACAACGGGCCCAGCAGUUUUCCUCUGCAUUCGGCUUCCAUACUCCCCGCAAGUUUCACGAUUUUGCCAUCGUGGCUGUGGUCGGGGGAGGUGCUGUCCCCCUUCAUCGUCGUGCUGGGUAGUGAGAUGAUUGUCGACUGGAUCAAGCACGCCUACGUCAACAAGUUCAACAAUAUCAAACCAAAUUUCUAUGGCAGAAUAUUGGAUAUCCUGUGCAAGGACUACUAUGCAAACGCCUUUGCGACCCCGUCGUUAACUCGUCGGCUUGGUUUGCCCCUAUUACCGCUGUCGUGUCUUUUCAUCCGAGCCUCGGUCCAGAUCUACAACAUGUUUCUUGCUGCGCAUCUGCCAACGCCAUUGCCACCUUCAACGCAAACGUCACUCUCGGUUGAGUCUGCCACGCCAUCGCCCGCCAUGGUAGCGGCUCUCGGCCGGCUUGAUAACAUCCUUCGCAAUGCGUUGGGCCGUGCAGUCUACGGGUAUCCCUACGCAGAAGGACUCGGCGAAAACUCGAGCGAGGAGGGGAUGGCGACGCGUCUCUGGCUUCGCUGGACCAGCGAUGAUGUGAUUGCUGCGCUCACCAUGGUGGUUGUUUUUCUGAUCGUCUUCCUGGUGCUGCUCGUCGUCAAGCUUCUCCUUGGCAUGGUGCUCCUGCGUUACUCACGCGACCGGUACGCUCGCAUGAAGGCAAAAGAGCAUGCCAUUGCCACAGGGAAGGCGGAAAGGGAGUCGUACGAUGCCAAGGGCAGACGCCUUGGCGGCUACGGGCAGGUAGAAGUCGGGGACGACCGACGACGCUGGAUCUUUGCGGAUGAUCCUAAGGGCCUCCAGAAAGUCCGCGAAAAGGAGCGACGAGCGGACCAAGGGGCGGAAAAGGAGAAAGAAAAGGACUUUAGCCAUAUCACGAGGUACGAAAUGGUUGCUCGGCGUAUUUGGUAGGCGUCGUGUUUUUUUCUCUUCCCUCUUUACAGGAGUAUUGUAGUUACAUACUUGGGAUUGGAGUUUGAAGCAUAGCUUUGGCGUUAGUAGCGGGAUAAAAGAGAAGU